AUGUCUGUCAUAACUACAAUGAAAAUGCUUUUCAUAAUUGGUAUUGUUUAUGAAUGGAAACAAUCUAAUGCCCAAACCUACCUACCAUUUGGUCUUUCGGAAGGAGAUAUACAACCGCCAGUUGAUGCUCAAUUCGCUCAAAUAAAUUUGACAGAGAGUUUUAAAUUGUAUGGAAACCUAUACAGCAAAUUAUACAUUAAUAUCGAUGGUAUUAUAAGUUUUAAUUCUGAAUUAAGAGUGACACAAAUUCAAGGCGCUUUCCCAAUUGGUGAUGGUAUAACUGUCAUCUGUGUACUGUGUGCAGAUGUUAAAGUUGCUAACGGCGGAGAGGUUUGGUACGGGAUGAGAUCUGACACCACAACGCUGAAUAAAGUUGGUGAUGAUGUGAAGACUUAUUUUGAGAAUUUAAAUCCAUCUUGGGUGUUUGUUGGUACUUGGAACAAUGUUAAAUCUUUUGCUAAUGAUGAGUCGGAAGGAACGGGGAAUGUGUUUCAAGUAAUCCUAGCUAGUGAUUCUGAGAUGUCUAUAGUUAUAUUUCAUUAUUUUAACAUCACAUGGGUAUAUGAUAGUAAACCCUUUCCUGAUGUAUCCAUUCAAGUAAGAGCCAAGUCUGGUUUUAAUGCCGGAGACGGUGUGUCUUACUAUAUUCAUCCUGAUUCUAAAACUGAGGAAAUGGUAAAUAUAGAUGAAGAUAGUAACUAUAACGAGUUAGGGAUGUUUAUGUAUAAGGUUGAUGCGAUAAUAGAGCAACCAACUCUUGUGUCAUCAACAAUUGUAAUAUCAACUGCUCCCACCACACCCAUAACGAGCACAGAAAGUGUAUCGUCUUCAGCAUCUUCAGAAGCGUCAUCUGGACCUACCAUGUCCCUAACCAGCACAGAUAACAUACCAUCUUCCCUUUCUAGUCAAACAAAUACAGUUUCACAUAAUGAUCUCACAACAUCCUCAUCUCCGGUGGUUUCUACAUUAUCGCCAGACCAGAGUGGAUUACCUGGGUAUCUCACAGUGAUAUUCGCUUUAUUAGGGUCAGUCUGUGGAUUAUUGAUCAUUGCUGGGGUUGUCUAUUUCUUUUGCUUUAAGAAGAUACACCAAUCUCUGCCGAAGCCUACAAAGAUUCAAGUUAUGAAUAAUAAUGUGUUGAGUGAUUCGAGCGAGGAAAGAAAAUACGAAGAGCCAUUUAAAAUACCAAGACCGAAAAUAUCACACAAUAAGAUACAUGUGGUAUGA